AUGUGCAUAAAGCAACGAGGAGUGGCGCUUCGAGCCCCUCAACAGUCUUCCGCUCAUUUGUGCCUCGACACAACAGGGCCUCGUCCUCCCGGUUGUCGUCCUUUUCGUUUCGUUUUCCCCUUACCUCUCUCAAAUCCGAACCUAUUCACCGUUGUAACGAUGUCGUACAGCGAUAGCUACUCGGACGCGACCUCCGUCCCGCCCAGCCCGACCACGUCCAGCAGCAAUCAAUCGAGCAGCUCAACGGUGUACAGCUCCAUUGACCGCACCCUUCUCGAGCACAAAUUCGACCUUGAGACGCUUGACCUCGACGAUGAGCUGCUCUCCGCACCCCUCGAAUCCUUUGCGGCGCUCUGCUGGGAAGAGGCCGUACGCGGCGACGACUGGAAGCAGCGCCGCCGCCUUGGCUGCGUCGCGCGGAAGCGCAUGCCGCGCCGUCCGUCCGUCUUGCACUUCAUCGAGAAUUGGAGGGCGUCGCUGGACGUCGAUCUCGACGAAGCGCCUCCCGCCUAUGCAACGCUCCACGAAGUGUACCCUGCGGACGAGCGAGUGGAUUUGCAAGACGAAUUCCCGCCGUAUGAACCGCCCACGGGAAUGGGCGAAAAACACGCCGGUCGACCUCAGAUGACCUGCGUACGCCAGUCCGAUGGUCAAUACAUCUUCUUUGACCCUGCGUUCGAGACCAACGCAUCGGGGGCAGAUGGCGCGCAGUCCAGCCCGCAACGACCCCAGGACAAACCACCGCUGCUGUCACUCAGGCUGGAAAAGCCUGCGAGGCUCGUUCAGAGGGCCCUCUCCUCCAACAAGACAAUGGAGAGGACGUAG